UCAAUAUAGACGUAUAUACCGUAAAAACUCUUAAUAUAUUACGCAGUUUUUUUAUGAUUUUUUUUCAGUUUCUGAAAGGGUUGCGUAAUAUACACCAAGGUCAAGCUUCAAACAUCUUUUCACAGCUUGAAAACCCGAAAAUAUCGGCGAAAAUCGGACAGUUUUGUCACCUGAGCACGAAGUGCUCAAAGUGAGCUUUUGUGAUCGCCUUGUGUCCGUCGUCCGUCCGGCCGUCGUCAACAAUUUGACUGUUAACACUCUAGAGGCCACAAUUUUGGCCCAAUCUUAAUGAAACUUGGUCAGAAUGUUACCCUCAAUAAAAUUUUGGACGAAUUUGAUAUUAGGUCAUUUGGGGUCAAAAACUAGGUCACCAGGUCAAAUCAAAGGAAAAGCUUGUUAACACUCUAGAGGUCACAUUUUUCGCCCAGUCUUAAUUAAACUUGGUCAGAGUGUUACCCUUAAUAAAAUCUUGGACGAAAUCGAUAUUGGGUCAUCUGGGGUCAAAAACUAGGUCACUGGGUCAAAUCAAAGGAAAAGCUUGUUAACACUGUAGAGGCCGCAUUUAAGACUGUAUCUUCAUGAAACUUGGUCAGAAUGUUAAUCUUGAUGAUCUUAAUGUCCAGUUUGAAUCUGGGUCAUGUAGGAUAAAAAACUAGGUCACAGGGUCAAAUCAAAGAAAAAGCUAAUUUACACUGCAGAGGCCACAUUAAUAAAUCUUGGUCAAAAUGUUAAUCUUGAUGAUCUAUAGCGCAAGUUCGAAACUGGGUUAGGUGGGGUCAAAAACUAGGUCACCAGGUCAAAUCAAGGGAAAAGCUUGUUAACACUCUAGAAGCCAUAUUUAUGACUUUAUCUUCAUGAAACUUAGUCAAAAUGUUAAACUUGAUGAUCUUUAGGACAAGUUCGAAUCUGGGUCAUGUCAGGUCAAAAACUAGGUCACUAGCUCAAUUCAAAGGAAAAGCUAGUUAACACUUUAGAGGCCAUAUUUUAGUGAAACUUGGUCAGAAUGUUAAUUGAUGAUCUUUAGGUCAAGUUUAAAUCUGGGUCAGGUGGGGUCAAAAAUAGGUCACUAGGUCAUAUCAAGGGAAAAGCUUGUUAACACUCUAGAGGCCACAUUUUAGACUGUAUCUUUUUGAAACUUAGUCAGAAUGUUAAACUUGAUGAUCUUUAGGUCAUGUUCGAAUCUGGUUUAUGUCGGGUCAAAAACUAGGUCACUGGGACAAAUCAUAGGAAAAGCUAGUUAACACUUUAGAGGCCACAUUUAUGACCAUAUCUUAAUGAAACUUGGUUAGAAUGUUAAUCUUGAUGAUCUAUAGGUCAUGUUCAAAUCCGGGUCAGGUUGGGUCAAAAACAAGGUCACUGGGUCAAAUCAAAGGAAAAGCUUGUUAACACUCUAGAGGCUACAUUUAAGACUGUAUCUUCAUGAAACUUGGUCAGAAUGUUAAUCUUGAUGAUCUUUAGGCCAAGUUCGAAUCUGAGUCAUAUGGGGUCAAAAACUAGGUCACCAGGUCAAAUCAAAGGAAAAGUUAGUUAACACUUUAGAGGCAACAUUUAUGACCAUAUCUUAAUGAAACUAUCUUGAUGAUCUUUAGGUCAGUAGGUUAGGUGAGCGAUACAGGGCCUUCAUGGCCCUCUUGUUUAGCUUGACUAUUCGAAGAAUAAGUAGAGCUAUCCUACUCACCAUUGCGUCGGCGUCACACCCUGGUUAAGUUUUUCGUACCAGUCCACAUUUUGACAGUCUUUUGAGAUAAAGCUUUGGAACUUUCAACACUUGUUUACCAUCACCAUGUCCAGUUAUAGGCAAGAGUACAUAACUCUGUUAAGCAUUUAAAAAAAAAACUAGGUCACCGGGUCAAAUCAAAGGAAAAGCUAGUUAACACUCUAGAGGUCACAAUUUUGGCCCAAUCUUAAUGAAACUUGGUCAGAAUGUUACCCUCAAUAAAAUCUUGGACGAGUUCAAUAUUGGGUCAUCUGGGGUCAAAAACUAGGUCACCAGGUCAAGUCAAAGGAAAAGCUUGUUAACACAGUAGAGGCCAAAUUUAUGACUAUAUCUUCAUGAAACUUGGUCAGAAUUUUAAUCUUGAUAAUCUCAAGGUCCAGUUUGAAUCUGGCUCAUGUGGGGUCAAAAACUAGAUCAACAGGUCAAAUCAAAGAAAAAGCUAGUUAACACUCUAGAGGACAUAUUUAUGACCAUAUCUUAAUGAAAUUUGGUCAGAAUGUUAAUCUUGAUGAUUCCUUGGUCAGAUGAGCGAUACAGAGCUUUCAUUGCCCUCAUGUUUUCUUUUGUCUGAAAAUCUAUGGAAAUAUUUUGACCCCAUUCUUCAAUCAAUUUUUCGAAUAGUCGAGCGCGCUGUCAUCCGACAGCUCUUGUUCUUUAAUUUUAUCAGUUUUGCUAAAUGCUUGGCUUUUUCUUGCUUUAGAUGCUGGUUUGAAGCAUCCAGCUGUUUUUGUUUUAUCUGCUCUUUCAUUUCCUUUUUUAAGCGCAAUGUUUUUGGUAGGUGUCGUAGGCCAUUAUACAUGACUGCUUCAUUUGUCUUGAUACUGUCAGUUCAGUGGCUUUGACAUUUCUUGCCUUAAGGGCUGCUUAACUUUGUCCUGUCUUUCUCAACAAUGUCAUCCAUUAUAUUGAAUGUUGACUCAAUGAGAGGACCACUAAAUACUAACAUUAGAGACUUAACAAGCUUGGUGAGUAGUGGAUACAGCAGUCUAUCGAAUGUCUUCAGUUUAAACACUUUAUUCCAGAAAUGCUCAUCUGUUCGUUGUCUCUCCUCAAAUUUAUCUAACUCUUUCACCUGUCUGUCCACAGUGUAAUUAUUGACUUCCAUGGCAAACUCCCCUGCUUCCUCUAAUCUAAUAACAUUUGGUAGUGAGUCAGCCAGUGCUUUGAAACCAAGUGAGGCUUGGUGAUGGAAGGCUUAUUCUGGAUCAAGUACAGACAUCCUCCUCAGUGUCUUGUUUUUCAGUGGCAGCUGGUGGAGCUUUGCUGCAGCCAUCACGUAACCUGUAUGCAAAUCUUUGUACAGACUUUAUACCCAGAAAUGUUGAGCUUUGUCAACCCUGCUCUUGUUAAGAUCAGCAAAAGCAAACCUGCCAACAGCUAGGUCUUCGUCCGACUUGUGUAAGCUCCUGUCUGAAACAUCAAGCUUGAGCAUUUUCGUUACACUAUCAGGAAUAUGUUCUGGUUUUAUAAACAUGGCCAACAUUUAUUUUGUAAUAAGUUUCAAAAUCAUAAGCUUUAUAAUUUUUUUAAGCAUAUGUUUUGGAUGUGUAGAAAGUGACUGAUAACUGUUAUCUACAUAUUUAUGGGUGUUUAGACUGUGUCCAUCUAAACUUUCCCUUCCCAUGUAAAAUGCAAUUUUGUAAACAAAUGAAGGUGAAAAAGCAAAACCAAGGGCUCUUAAAUUAUAUCUUUAAAUAAGCUUUCAGUGAGAUUUGACAACAUGUAACAGAAGAGAAAUAAAUGCAAAAUGGUACAUGUAGUUAAGUAAUUGUUAACCCCUUCACUGCCUUAUAUAUGUACACACUUUAUGCCGGGAAACAUAAGACUAUUUUCAAGCCAUUACGUACUAAUAACAUAAUUUCAUAUAUUUUCAAAACUAUUGGAGAUAUUUGCACACAUAAUUUAAUGUCUGAAACAAGUUUUGUACUGAUAAGUUAUCAUAAAAAUAAUUUUUCAACAUCUGGAAGUACCUAAAUUUUCAUUUUUUAUGCUCCCGAAGGGAGGCAUAUUAGUUUUCAACUGUCCGUCCGUUCGUUAGUUUGUUCGUUACUUCGUUUGUCACAGCAUUAACUUUUUGCAUGAAGGCACUUUACUUGCGAACCACUGCACCCAGGACUUUCAAACUUCACAUGCUGAUAGUACUUAUUGAGUACACCACCCCUACUGACUUUGGGGUCACCAAGUCAAAGGGCAAGGUCACAAGGACCAAAGUUAGCUUUUUGCAUGAAGGCACUUUACUCACGAACCACUGCACCAAGGACCUUCAAUCUUCACAUGCUGAUAGUACUUAUUGAGUACACCACCCCUACUGACUUUGGGGUCAAAGGUCAAGGUCACAGGGACCAACGUUAACUUUUUGCAUGAAGGCACUUUACUCGCAAACCACUGCACCCAGGACCUUCAAACUUCACAUGCUGAUAGUACUUACUGAGUGAGUACAUCAUCCUUACUGACUUUGGGGUCACCAGGUCAAAGGUGUUAAGAGUUAGUUUUUUUGGCAAUUAUUACCUCAGGUAUUAUCUCAAUAACAAUCCACAAACUUUGCACACCUCAGUCUCAUAUGGGAACAUAAAGUGGUUUUGGCGCUGUUACAAAUGUAUGUACUGAUAACAUGUAAUCUCAUAUGAAAGCAAAACGACUAGAGGGAUUUACAUCAAACUUCACACACUUGUUUGAUACAAUGAUACAAAUUGUCUCCCCCCCUGCUGGAGUAGACAACCCCUACUGUUUUUGGGGUCAUUCCGUCAAAGGUCAAGGUCACAGGGGCCUGAACAUUGAAAACUAUUUCUGAUCAAUAACUAGAGAACCACUUGACCCAGAAUGUUGAAACUUCAUAGGAUGAUUGGUCAGGUAGAGUAGAUGACCCCUAUUGUUUUUGGGGUCACUCUGUCAAAGGUCAAGGUCACAGGGGCCUGAACAUUGAAAACCAUUUCCAAUCAAUAACUUGAGUACUACUUGACCCAAAAUGUUGAAACUUCAUAGGAUGAUUGUACAUGCAAAGUAGAUGACCCCUAUUGACUUUGGGUCACUCUGUUAAAGGUCAAGGUCACAGGGGCCUGAACAUGGAAAACUGUUUCCGGUCAGUAACUUGAAAACUACUUGACCCAGAAUGUUGAAACUUCAUAGGAUGAUUGGUCAUGCAGAGUAGAUGACCCCAAUUGAUUUUGGUGUCACUCUGUUAAAGGUCAAAGUCACAGGGGCCUGAACAUGGAAAACCGUUUCCGAUCAAUAACUUGAGAACCUCUCGACCCAGAAUGUUGAAACUUCAUUUGAUGAUUGUUCAUGCAGAGUAAAUGACCCCUAUUGUUUUUGGGGUCACUCCGUUAAAGGUCACGGUCACAGGGGCCUGAACAUGGAUAACCAUUUCCGAUCAAUAACUUGAGAACUUCUUGAUCCAGAAUGUUGAAACUUCAUAGAAUGAUUGAACAUGCAGAGUAGAUGACCUCUAUGGAUUUUUGGGUCACUCUGUUAAAGGUCAAGGUCACAGGAGCCUGAACAUGGAAAACAAUUUCCGAUCAAUAACUUGAGAACCACUUGACCCAGAAUGUUGAAACUUCAUAGGAUGAUUGAACAUGCAGAGUAGAUGACCCCUAUUGAUUUUUGGGUCAGUCUAUUAAAGGUCAAGGUCAUGGACCUGGUCAGGUAAAAUCAUUUCCAGACAAUAACUUGAGAACCACUUUACCUAGAAUGUUGAAACUUAAUAGGAUGAUUGGACAUGCAGAGUAGAUGACCCCUAUUUAUUUUGGGGUCACCUUAGAACUAGGCUGGAAUAUUUUCCAGGUUAUACCAGGCUCAUUUUCCAGCAUUCCCUGGAAAAUUUACCAUGGUAAAACCUGAAACAUUUUCCAGGCUAUGCUGGAAAACGUUCCAGGCUUUUCCAGACUUUAGUGAAAAAAUGGUCUGAAUACUCCAGGUUCAUGGAAAAACAGGAAUUUUAUUCCAGGCAGCCUGGAAGAUGUUCCAGAUUUUACCAUGGUAUAUUUUCCAGGAAUGCUGGUAUAUCAUGGUACAUAUUCCAGCCUUGGCUUUUUCAAAUUUUCCACAUUGAUAAUUUGGUUAGGCUGGGAAAGGCUGGAAACUUAGUCCGAAUACUCCAGGCUUUUUUUUCCCAUGGAAUUCCAUGGAAGACCCUGGAACUAUUUCACCCGGGUCUCAAUACACAAAGUUUGAACACUUCACUCCCAAUACACAAAGUUUGUAUGGAAAGCCUGGAAGCAUGGCGAUAAACACAGGGCUGGUUUCGAUGGGCAGUCUGGGCAGUAAUAGCACACUUCUCUCCUCUCCUCUUGAUGCCUUUCUUAGAACAUACUUUGCACAGUCUGGUGGCUUUCUUUACCCUCAUCCUCGGGAAUCACAGGCCUAAUUUCAUUCACAGGGUCAUCUUUACCAGCAUACACUUUGAACCUAUAACAGUAACCACCGCUGCCCUUGAUGCCACCAUCAGAUUCACAGCACUAGUAUAUUUUUAUCCCGAAUCUUGCUCGCUUGAGGGGUAUGUAUUGCCGGAAAAGCAACCAGCCUUUCCACAAUAGCAGGCUUUCGUUCACACAUACAUUCUUUCUUGGUUCGUAAACUGUCUGAAAUUUUUCAACAAGUGAUCAAUCACUGGUCUUAUUUUAUAUAGCUUGUCAUAAUUAGGAUCAUUCCUGUCUAGCAAAUUAUUGUUAUUAUGAAAAUGUAGGGAUUUCAGUACCAGUUGAAAUCUGUUGCGAGUCAUUAGCAGAUUGAACACAGGCACAUUGAAUAAAAUCUUUUUUGUCCAGUACAUUUCAAUAGAAGGUAGAUUUACAAUACCCAUCAACAGAACAAUAGCUAGAAACUGUUUCAUUCCAUCAUUGUGGAUAUCAGUCCAAUCACAAACUCUAGAAAAUUGCUUGAGAUUGGUUGUUGCCCAAUAUUGUUCUGCAUACAGGUUGGUUUGAAUGCACAAAUGAUUUAUAAGAUCUUCGUUGAAAAACAGUUCUAAAUAAUCAAUCGGCUGAAAAUAAUACUAGUAUCUUGGGUAAUACCAGGAUUCCCAGAGAAAGGAAUGUCAUUUGGUGGCUGUAUUCCUGCAUUAGUCCAUUCAGAAAUUAGCGUAUGCUGCUCUCUACUGCGUCCCCUGGUGCUACGCCCCCUUGCCGGUGUACCCAAUGUACUUGGUGUAGGUUGACCUCUGCCCCUACCCCUGCCCCUAGACACAUUAUUAUUUACUCUUGGGCAUUUUAGCUGGGGAGUUUGAGUGUAAUCACUGUCACUUUCAUCCUGCAUGUCACUUCCUGAUGAGGAAGAAUGUCUACUUUCAUUUCAGCAUCAUCAUUUUGUGAAAGUGCAUCCAAAACAACUGGUAACAAAGGCGGAGAAUUUUCAGAAUAUUUGUCAACUGUCUCAUUUCCUGUUUCUGUGUCAGAAUAUAAGUCAUCGUCACCAUUAUCUGAGUCAUUUCGGAUUUCGGCAAUAACUUCUGCUACUGAGAAACGCGAUCUAGUAUUCCUACAAUAAGCAGCCAUCUUUGAAUAACAAAAUUUGGCUUCGAAACGGUUUUCUUUCGUAAAAAUUUAACAUGUAUACACCAUUUUGACAUCACAUGACCAGUGUACAUAAGGCGAAAGUUAAUGCUAGGAACGUGUUUACAGACAGUAUAAUUGAGUUUUCCUUAGAUAAAAUCGUUCUCUAAACGUGUGAUGAAAUUACCCUGAGCGUGACACGGGGUUACAAUAUAAUGGCCUAUAGGUAGCACUUAAUACCACAAGCAGCGCCCGGGGUUACUAGGGCAGUUAAGGGGUUAUUGCUUCCACUACUUCAAUAUGCACCGCCCUUGUAGUAAGGCAUGUAUACUCAGCGUCACUGAAAAGUUACCACCCUAAUGGCCCUUAUAUUUUAAAAAUUGCACAGGACUGUGUUAAAAGCAUAACACGACUACAUUUUUAACGCAGCUGAGACAUCACUGGUGUAAAGAUUUGUCAGAUUCGAUUAACUCCAUUUGAUGCCGAACUUUCAUGUCGUGAAAUUGCACGUCGUAUGUGCUGUUCUCAACUGACAGUCAUGAAAUGGGUUAGGAGACAUGAUCAGACAGGGUCUAUGAGUAAUAGACCCUGCACAGGCCAUGAAAAAGUGACGUCGAUAUUGUAUAAACAAGUAAAGAGGUAUAUAUUAAGUGGUAACUUUUCAAUGACGCCAAGUAUAAAUAUAAAUAUUCCCAAACAUUUAUGUUUGACCUAUUCUCAUUUUUUAUCAAUAAAAUUCCAGAGUUAAUUGUUUUGAGAAGUCUUAUAGGAGUAGUGGGUUUACAAAAUAUCAUUUUUUUUCUUUCUCUCAUCUUUUUUUUGUUUUAUGAAAUAAAUGCACGAAAUUCAUAAAACUGAUAACACAGAUAAAAUGAAAUAUAUAUACACUAUAUACGCCAAGUUAAAUUUCAAGUCGGAUGUUAUCCUUCAAGAUCAAAUCUGAAAAUAUAAACUUUUUUAUCUGCUGGAUUGUUAUACCAGCUUCAGAGUACUCAUAAUUAAUUAAAUUCCGAUAUUCCAAUGUAUUACAUAAUCUUUAAUUCAGGUGGUUUUCUUUCACGCUGACUGGUCAUACAGGUUGUGAGUUGGUUGUAUUGUCGGGAUGUUGAUGAUUUUGUCGUUGUUUGAUGAUGAUGGUAACGGCGGUGAAUUUUCUAUAUUAACUUUUUUAAUUCUGUUGAAUUUCUAGUAACUUGCUUGUCUGGAUCCUUGUGGUGCAGCUCAAAUGUGCAUUGUUUAACUUUAAAAAAUAAAAGCCCGGCCCUAAUUAAGAUGAGAUUCACUUGGCUGUUUCCAGUACAAACAAUUUGAAACAGUCAUUGAUGUUAUCAUUUAUUUUUACACAUUAAACAAUUAAAGCUGUAAUCAUAUGAUUAUGUAUUGAUAACCUUACUUUUAAAAUUUGAUUAUCUAUGUACAGAUUGUUUAGGGUAAUGUGUAAGCUAGGUAAAUGCUACGGUAUAUUUAGUUUAGUUAUAUAAUGAUGUAUCAAAGUUCAGUGUGAUGAAUACUUGAAAGGUUACUUGAAAUGUUAAGUGUAAACUAUGCUUCCUGGGAAAACCAGUUUUGGUUUAACCCUUACCCUUCUAAAUUUAUAUAAUGAAUUUAUCCAUCUUUCAAUCAGAACAGUACUAUUAACUGUUAUUAAGGGUGCUUACCAAAAAGUUAACAACUGAAUGGUGAACAGUGCAGAUCAUGAUCAGACUGCAUGGAUGUGCAGGCUGAUCAUGAUCUAUAUUGGUUGCCAUGACAAAAUCUAUAAUGUCCUGCAUGAUGAGGGUUAAUACAAGAAAACAUGUUCAUGUACAUGUACAACUUUAACCCAUGACCUCUGUUUUUAGGGUAAUGUAGUGUCAGCUAUAGUGAAAACUAAAUAAUUUAUGUUUAUUGAACAGGUAUGUCUGCCUGUAUCAUAAUAAUGAAAAGGCUAUAUACCAGUGAAAAUGAUCUAAAUUUUAUAUAAAUAUGCAGUACAAAGUCUUACUGAAAAUGGUAAAAGGAUUUUAACUUUUAGCCUGCUGGCGGCAAGCGAUUCUGUCUUUGCAACCAGUGCAGAUCAAGAUCAGCCUGCAUGCACUGUUCGCUAUUCAGUCAGUAAAUUUUCAGUGAACACAAACUGAAUGAUGGACCAGUUCAUUUUUGAAAUUUAGUAGGGCAAAGGUUAAAAAUGGUAAAAGGAUUUUAAAAUCCUCUCAAAGAUGUAAGUGAUCAUAUUUUCGAACAUACAGUCGAAACUCAGUAUCUCGAAUUCCAAGGGACCGUGCUUUUUAUUUUGAGAUAACCGAAAUUCGAGUCAUUAUCGAGGAGGGACGUAUAUUGACGAAGUGAUGAAAAAAGUUGGUUCCAAAAUCUUUUGUAAUCUCCAGCUAUUUGGCACGCUAUAAAUAUAGUAUACUUUGCAAUAAAUCUUUUAAAAAAACUCAACACAAAAUGAUUAUAAAUUUAAAGUACAUUUUGUAUUUUAUUUCCAUGUAUACAUAAUCAGAAAUGCAGAAUCUGUACAUUUUCGUCAAGUAACAUUUCCGGCAUAUGCGCAUCCACAUCAAUAUUCAGUACACUUGGUACUUUACGCGUACACGAUUCCGUAAAGUUUGUGUUUAUCAAAGUUUUUAGUUUUUCGAAGAAUAAAAAUGAUACUAAGAUACUAAACGCAAAUGUUUUUGAGUCAAGUUUCCUUUUUGUACCACGUUUCUCUCCCGGAUAGCAUUUUGAUCUGACAUUUUGAACGAAUGAUGCUUUCUACAAAGAAGUUAAUUUUUUAUACAACCUCAUCGUGAUUACCUCUUAUUAAUCCUUAUUAAAGAUCCCAACUGUUCAAACUAAUUAAUGCAUUAGUUUAAAUUAAAAGCAAUUUUCAUAACGUCUCAAAAACAAAUGACCGCUCAUUAAAGAAAUCUAAUGUUUACAUCAUACAAUUAUCAUUAUGGCACCUGCAGACAAGUAUGAUAUCAUCUCACAUUGAUAUUCGCCGCACCUUUGAUAUGUCGGCAUCGCGGCUUUCUGGUAAGGCAAUAAACAUGAAUAUGUGUUAAAAAACAACCACAUUCACAAUGACGUGUGAAAUUUUAUCGCAUAUUAUUCACACCUCAACUAACCGAGUUUACAAUGCACUUGAAUUUUACUGAUGGGACUGAAAAUCCCUUUCGACACAUCCGAAGUCUCCGUUAGUCAAAUUUUGACGUAACCGGAGUUGAAUUAUGUAUAUAAAAAGGAAAUUUGACGGGACUUGAAAAUUUCUUCGACUUAUGCGGAAUUUCGAGGUAAGCGAGUUUGAGAUACCGAGUUUCGACUGUAUUACACUAUGGGAUAAAAUCAUGUUAUUAUUGUAAUAAUGUAAUCUGUAUUGUUCCUACAUUGAUUUGGGAGUAAAUGAAAUGUAAAUAUAUUCUUGGUAACAAAUUGUGUUUAUAUGGAAUAGUUUAACUGUCACAUUGUCCCAAAUGAUGAGUACUUUUAGAUUAAUUGAUGUGUGAUGAUAUCUUUGUUUUAGAAUGAUGUAUUAAGUUAACAUGUCUGGUAGUAAAAUUGUGAUGUUGAAUAUAUCUUCAUAUUAAAGUUUUAAAAGGAUAAUUUGAUGUUGUUGUUAACAAGACAGUGUCAGAAUGGUAAAUAGAUCAUUAUUAGAUGGAUAUACAUGUACUUAGACUGUUCUUUGCAAGUUCUUUGAUUAAACACAUGUCACCAGGUAUCAAAAUAAGGCACAUUGGCAUGAAUGCACAUUCAUAAAGCACUUGUAUGACAUACAUUGAUACAAAUUUUGAUGUUCAAAAAUACAUGUAAUUGAGUUGAGCCACUGAAUCAAUGCAAUGGAUUAAGCUGAUGAGGAAUAUGUAUCUAUUAUGGAGUUCACUUUAACAUAUCAAUGUCUCUAGACUUGUGUUGAUGUUAAAACAAAGGACUUCUACUUGGAAAAUUAAAAAUACGAAUGACAGGGUAUAUUUGAUUCUUGUUUUUGUGUUGGAUGUGGAAUACUUAAUUGAGUAAGUUUGAAAGUGGGUUAACUGAGGGAGAUGUCUGAACCACUGGAAUAUACAGCACUUCUAGAUCAAACAGAGAAAGACGAUCAAGUGUACACAAAUGUCGGAUAUGGGAGCAGAGGGGACUCCGCGAGCAUUUGUCAGACUGCAGACUACAGUUUAACACUAGAUGAAUUAUUGUACAGGAUUCAGUAUGCUUUCUUGAAUAAAGGGUAUGAUGUAGAGGCAGAUGUACGUCAGGUGCUACAGGAUUGUGAUGAGUCGGAUAUAGAUACACUGCUUCAAGGUCUCAACUCGUAUCCGCUCACCAUUCAACAGAAACUAGCUGUUUCAAGGCUUUUACACAAAGAAGGAAAUUUGAAGAUCAGAUAUAAAAGAGGCAAGGAUCAGAAUGUGUACAAGAGGAAGGAUGCUGACAAGGUUUUUACUGUGGUCACUUUGUGGGAAGAUACAAUCAAAAAGAUUUCAGCAUACUUUGGCAGCAACGUGGCCUCGUAUUUUCAAUUUGUGAGAACCCUGUUGUAUAUCAACAUACUAAUGAUGUUGUUAUUGGUUGGAUUUAUUAUUGUACCAGAGCUGAUAGAAGGAAAUUUUCAGACUAACGUCACAUAUGGAGGACAUUUUGGAGAACUGUCAAACAGCUUUAUGUUUUAUGGUUUGUACACAGAAGAUCUGGGUCUGACAUACAAUCUACCUCUAGCAUACUUUCUUACCUGGCUGGCAGCUAAUCUGGUUUGUUUCAUCUAUAUAAUAACUAUAAUGAUAGUACGGUAUCACAGAAGUAAGCUCUCAGAUGACCGAGGUAAUGAGUACAAGUUUGCUUGGCGUACAUUCUGUUCCUGGGAUUAUUCUGUAACCAGUAGACAGGGUGUCAUGGAUUACAGGACUUCUCUUAGAACUGACAUAAAGGAGAUGGUAAGAGAAGAAAAGAGCACAGCUAAAGUUGAUUCCUGUACAAAGUUUACAAACUAUAUGGGAAGGAUAUUAAGCAAUGUGAUUGUGCUAGGUUUACUAGUAGGGAGUGGAUUUCUGAUAUAUGAGGUGGCUGAAAACAGGGACCUACUGAAGGACCUUCCUGAACCACUAGAUGAUUAUGUCAGAAAAUAUCAGUUAACUGCAGUGGUUGCUGGGCUGAAGUUCUUGGUUCCUCCAAUAUUUGAACAGUUAGUACGGCUAGAAGGAUGGCACCCAAGGAUUGAAACCAAACUAACUCUAGCAAGGACGACUGUGUUUUACAUCGCCAGUUUGAUGAUAUUUGUUACAUCACUGUAUGAAGUCACAGACGACUGUUCUGCUAACUCUACCAUGGUAGCUGAUAUGACACACAACGAAUCAUGUUGUUGGGAAAAUGAAGUCGGGGAGGAAGUGUUCAAGGUCAUAUUGGUUGACCUUGGCAUACUUUUCGCUGUAGGCAUACUGUUCCAUCUUCACAGGGCAUUAUGGGUAAAAUGUACCUGCAAAAUGAUAGGAUACAGUAAGUUUGAUGUUGUAUCGAGUGUUUUAGAUGUGGUAUAUGGACAGUGCCUGGUGUGGUUAGGGCUAUAUUUCUCUCCAGUACUUGCUGCUGUUAGUGUGGUCAAACUCCUUAUUGUUUUCUACUUCAGAUACUUUAUUGCAAAGGUUGCUAUGGUACCACCACAGCAGUUAUUUCGUGCAUCCAGUACAGGCAACUUCUAUCUGGCAAUACUGCUCAUGAACCUUUUUAUCAGUCUGUUUCCAAUGGCAUAUGGUGUGAUAGAGUUUAUACCAUCAGUGGAUUGUGGACCCUUCAGUGGUUAUGACAGACCAUAUAGAGUGAUCAGUGAACUUGUAGGAGAGUUACCAAACUGGCUGGAGGAUGCACUGACCUACCUGGGAACACCUGCAGUAUUUGUUCCUGUAUUGAUACUCAUGAUAAUGCUUGUGGUGUAUUUCAAGGUGAAAUCUUCAUCAUACAAAAGACUCAUUAUGGAAUUAAGAAGACAACUCAAGUUUGAACGAAAAGUAGAAAAAAGAAAAAUAUUUGCUACUGGAAGAGCUAUGUCAGGUGGUGCAUUAAGUCGGUAUACAUCACAAGAAAGUCUUGUUACCCCGGGGACCAGACACAGGAAGCUGUCACAGCAAACAGAAACCACUAUUAUAGAGGAGGAACAAGACUUCUAAUGUUCACCUGGCAUAUCCCACAAAAUGCAUGCCAUUUAGAAAUGAUUAAUCAAUGGACAUUGGACUAUGUGAUUUUCAUUUCAAUUAACUUUGAUAUUCUAGUGAACUAUUUAGAUUACAUACCAGUCUGUUUUACAGAAAUAUACAUGUGUCUGUCAUGGGCUGAUACCAUUGACAGCUGCAGAUAAUGCAUACGUUUUUUGUUACAGACAUGCCCAGUAUGCAUGUUUUAGCCCAUAACCUUAGAGCUUCUUUACUGUAGCACAUAGUUGAAAUGGCACCUGUAAAAGGAUAAAUACAGAUCUCAAAGUAAAUGAAGACACCAUUUAGGAGAGUCAAAAUAGACCUUUAUUCAUAGGGGAAAAUAUGAAAUGGUUAACCCUGAUCAUGCUGGACAGAUUGAUUCUGCCUUUGCAACCAGUGCAGACUGAUCAUGAUCUGCACUUUUCGCCAUUUAGUCAGUACCUUUCUGGUGGGUGCACCUUUAAACAGUUAUUGAUACUGUCCUAAUUGAACGAUGGACAAGACCAUCAUAGGAAUUUAGCAGGGUAAGGGUUAAAUUGAAUAUGAAACUAAUGGUCUUUGCAGACAGGCAAUAUUAAACUCGUAUCAUAAUUAUGCUAUACAUGAUCAUUUUUAGCUCACCUGAGCCAAAGGCUCAUGGUGAGCUUUUGUGACUGGUCAAUGUCCGUCGUGCAUCGUGCGGUGUCCGUCGUCUGUUGUGUGUCCGUCAACAUUUUCUUAGAGCCUUGAUAUUUGGCAUGUGACAUCAUCUAAUAGUCCUCUAUGAAGAUUGUUCAAAUUGUGCCCCUGGGAUGAAAAGAGGCUCCGCCCCGGGGGUCCCAUGUUUUACAUGUAUAUAGACAUAUAGGAAAAAACUUUAAAAAUCUUCUUGUCUGAAACUGCAAGACCUAGGCCUUUGAUAUUUUGUAUGUAGUAUUGCCUUGUGGUACUCUAUGACGAUUGUUCAAAUUGUGCCCCUGGGUUGAAAAGAAACCCCGCCUCGGGGAUCCUAAGUUUUACAUAGACUUAUAUUGGAGAAAACUUUAAAAAUCUUCUUGUCUGAAACUGAAAGGCCUAGGCUUUAGAUAUUUGGUGUGUAGCAUUGCCUAGUGGACCUCUAACAGAAUUUUUCAAAUUAUGCCCCUGGGGUAAACAGAGGCCCCACCCUGAGGGUCACUUGUUAUAUGAGUUAUAUAGGAAAAAAUACUUAAAAAAAAUAUCAGAUCAUAUUUCCUAGACUGUUUAAUUAUAUUUACCUGAUGUACACAAGUGAUUAUGGAUCACCUUACUCUUGACCUACUGCCCUACUUUCUUGUUUUUUAAGAUACAGCCUUGAAAUUUGGAUAACGUGCAGUUUUGCAUACCGACCUUAAAACUGACUUUCAGUGACCAUGAAUUUGACCUACUGACCUACUUUCUAAUAUUUUAGCAUCAGUUUGCCAUUUGAAACAUGUCACGGGCUCAUAUUACUCAGGUGAGCGAUUCAGGGUCAUGAUAUUCAGGGUCAUCAUGACCCUCUUGUUAACUUUACCUACCUACGUAUAUAUUUUAUUUUGUAUUAAAUAAAAAAUAAACUACUAAACUGGUU